CAAUAUCCAAAUCAAACAUAACCUCACUUUAAAAACGUGUUGCACGUGGAUUUAUUUUGUAUAUUUAUUUAGGAAUGUUUAAUUCCUUUAAUUAAUUAUUCACGGAUUAUUAGUACUAAAAAAUUUUACUAAAAUCGGUUUCUUUGAUUUUUCAAGAUGACUCAGAAGGAUUUUCCCCGUGGUGGAAAGAAACCCUUAGUUGCACCCUCGACAAAAUCUAUAUUAUUCGAGAAGAAUAAUCUGAUAAAGGCGAGGAAAAUUAAAACGAAAAGAACCUCAAAGAAGAGUAACGAUGAGGAGACACUUAUUGCAUCCAGGGCACAAUCGUUAACGUUUUCAAAUAUAUGCGAGGGAAUGGUGAUAUUAGGAAGAGUACACUUAGUCAGGGAUUACGAUUUAAUUAUAUCUCUACCAGGACGUUUAACUGGACGUGUAAAAGUCACCGAUAUCAGUGAAUCCUACACAAAUCUAUUGCAAAACGUAGUCAAAUCGGAAGGCGAUUCUCUAUCAGAAUUUAGGACCCUGGCGGAAUUAUUCAGUCCAGGAGACAAUGUGAUCACUUACGUUAAAGCUCUCGGCGAAGAAAAUUGGCGAAUUUCUUUAUCCUUGGAACCGAAUUUAAUUAAUCAGAAUCUAAGUUCCAGUUCAAUCACCAAUAAAUCGAAAAUUAUUUGCUCAAUAAGCAGCGUUGAGGAUCAUGGUUAUGUUCUUGAUACUGGAAUUCCAAAUUGUCGUGGAUUUUUAUCGAAAACGGACAUUGAGGAUCGUCAUAAUUCUAUUUACUUUCCGGGAAAACAAAUAAUGUGCGCCGUGAAGAAUGCAAAAAGUUCCGACAAUUCAUCGAUAAUAACUCUCACAACGAAGGAUAAAUAUUUACAAACAGUAAUGGAACAUAUAAAAUAUCUCGAUAGUUUAUUGCCUGGAAUGCAAAUGACUCUAAGCAUAACAAAAAUUCUUCCAAAUGGACUACAAGUUUCCUAUAAUGGUGACAAAAUUGGUUAUAUCAAUCAAAUCCACUUACCGAAAACUCUCUCCAAUUAUACUCCAGGUUUAGAGGUCGAUGGAACAUUAUUGUACAUUAUUCCAACAGUUAAAUUUGCAUUUUUUACUCUACUGAAGCAAAUUCCAGAAAAAGCGCAUAUAAUAAAAGGCGAAAUUAUCAAUGGACGUGUUUCAUAUCAAGAAUCAAGUGGAAUUAUUCUCAAAUUGGGAAAAGAUCUCAAAGGCCUGAUACCAUAUAAAAGAACCCAUGUUCAUUCGAAUAAAAUUAAAGAAACUUUUCUACCAGAAUCGGAUCAUAAAUGUCGAGUACUCACCUACGAUCUUAUGGAUCGUGUUUAUAUUUGUUCGACAGAGAAGAAUAUUUUGGAAGCAAGUCAUUUUUCGAUUGAAAGUUUCGUUCAUGGCGAAAAAGUCGAUGUUAUCGUCGAUGAAAUAAAUCGUGAAACUGGAUUUGUUAAGGUCUCCAGUGAUAGAAUUGUGGGAACAAUUCCUCCUUAUCAUACAUCGGAUAGUGAAAAAUUAAGUUCAAAAUUGAAAGUCGGCGAUAAAGUGAAAGCUAAGGUUUUGAGUAAUGUCAAUAAAAAAUUGACAUUUACAAUGAAACCUCUUCUAAUCAAUAGUAAUUUGCCAAUUUUUGAUGAUAUUCACCAAGCUGAGGUUGGAUGUCAAUAUCAAGGGACAGUGCGUCAAAUUACAGAGAGGGGAAUUUUGGUAAAAUUCUUCGGCGAGUUGGCCGGAUGGGUUCCUCUAUCUUUUCUUGAACCGCAAUUAAUUUCGAGAAAAUGGAAUCAUUUUGUAGGCGAAGUGGUAACAGUAACAAUUAAGAACAUCGAUCUUGUGAAUAAUCGACUAACUUUGAAAAUCGUUAAGGAAAUUAAGAAAAAAAUGUCCUUUAAAGUCGGCGAAAGUGUAAACGGUGCGGUCCUCAAUUCAUCGACAGAGGGAAUACAGGUAAAAAUUACGAAAGACGAUUCGGAAGCAAUUGGAUUUAUACCUUCAGGACACAUUGCACCAUGUCCCGAACUGGGAAAUUUACUCGCUUCAAAAUCAAUUCCAGGGGAUAAAAUUUCUGCCCUUGUUUUUUCAACCGCUCCCGCAUUACUUUUGAGUGUAUCCUUCGUUCCCCAAGCGGGUAUUUCAUUCAAAAAUUUAAAACCGAAUUCGACAAUUCUCUGCUCGGUGAAAAAUGUCACAAAUGAUGUUUGUCGGGUAACAUUACCCAUUGACAACUUUUUUGGCAAAGCUGAAGUGAAGAAGAAUUUUUUCGACAGUGGAAUUCGGGAGAAUCAAAUUCUUUUCAGUAAAGUUCUGUCAAUUGAUAAGGAGGCGAAAAAAGUGAGUGUAUCGACACGUCUUCAUGAUUUAUGGAAAGUAUCAACGGAAACAAUGUCAGCUAUCGAUACACUCGGUAUUUAUUUAUUAAAAACGAAGGAAUUAUCCGAGAAGGAUUAUUUCAAAACACGGCCCAUAUCGUCGGUGAAACUAGGACAAAAAGUCGAUGGAACUGUCGAAACAAUUACCGAGCAUGGUUUAGUGUUAAAAUUAAAGAAAAAUCUAAAGGCAACCGUUCGUAGGGAACAUUAUCAAGGCGGGGUGAAAAUUGGCGAUAAGGUUAAAGGAGUCGUACUCUGGAUCAAUUUCAUCUAUGAACUGUUGGAAGUUACAUUGUUACCACACCUUGUCUCGUCGAUCAGUGUAAAUCAAACUCGAUUUCAAAAAUUACCACUCGAAACAAAAUUACGUGGUACAAUUAUUCUUAUAACAAAUUGGUUUCUUAUUGUUCUUGUCAAAGGAGAAUAUAAAGGAGGAUUUGUUGUCAUGCCUACGAGAUUACAUUUGAAUGAUUUGAAUCCGGAUUUAUCGACCUACAAGAUCGGUCAAAAGGUACGAUGCUUUGUCGUACUGAACAGCUGUAAUUCGUUAAAUAUCUGCCUACCGAAAUCAGUCUUCGAGGCGAAAAAAUGCUCCAUUAAUAAACAUGUUUUCGAAAGGUUACUCCCGAUCAAAGACGAUUCGAAACAGAAAGAUCAACAAGUUUCGAAAAAGAGAAAAAUAUCACUCUCGAUCGAUUCGAAGGAGAAAGACGAGGAGGAAAAGAAGGUAAAACGAAAAAUAGAUGGAUCGACACUAGGGCAAGAGGUUUCUCAGAAGAAACGAAAGAAGCAAGAAGUAAAGAAAGAAGAAGAAGAAGAAGAACAAAUUUUGAUGCAAGUUGAAGAAAAUACCGAACUAACACUCCCCGAAUGUGGAUUUUAUUGGGACAAAAUGCCAAGUUUGACGAAUCAAAAAGAAGAAACCUCGAGUGAAAGUGAAAACGAUGGGGAAAUUCAGGAGCAAUUGAAGCAAAAGAAGAAGAAACUCACAGCCGCCGAGCGUAGAGAACAGGAACGAGAAAAAGAGAGGGAAAUUCGUGAACGAGAAGAAGCAUUGGCGGCCACUGAUCAUAUGCCAAAAUCUGUUGAUCAAUUUGAUAGACUAGUGCUCGGUAGUCCAGAUAGUUCUUUAAUUUGGUUGCAGUACAUGGCCUAUCAUUUGCAAGCAACUGAAGUCGAGAAGGCACGAGCCGUUGCUAAACGUGCCGUGAAGACGAUAAAUUUCCGCGAAGAGGACGAGAGACUAAAUGUAUGGCAAGCUUGGCUGAAUCUAGAGAUUAAAUUUGGCAAUACAGAAUCAUUGAAUGACGUUCUUCAUGAAGCUGUCCGCGUGAAUGAUGCGGCGAAAAUUUAUUCUCACAUGCUCACUGCCUAUUGUGAGGCCGGCAAGCAAAUUGAAAUGGAAAAAAUCGUUAAUAUGAUUGUGAAAAAAUUCAAGGAUCAACCGGAAAUGUGGAUCAAGUGCGGAGCUGUUCUACUCAAAGUUGGAUUGAAAGAUAAAUCACGAUACAUUAUGCAAAGAGCUAUUCAAUCUCUACCUGCAUCCGAGCAUGUGAAUUUGAUUGUAAGAUUCGCCAAUAUGGAGAAUAGUCACGGCGAUAAAGAGAGAUCGCAAACGCUUUUUGAACAAAUUUUGAAUUCUUACCCGAAAAGAACUGAUGUUUGGUCAUGUUAUGUGGAUUCUUUGAUUAAAUCCGGAGAUAUUGAAAUAGCGAGAAGAAUUCUUGAGAGAUCUGUUACGACACAAGUACUUCCACCUAGAAAAAUGAAGGUUUUGUUUAAAAAGUACAUUAAUUUUGAAGAACAGCAUGGAAAUGAAAAGAAUGUUCAAAAUGUUCGAGAUAUGGCCAAUGAAUAUGUAAAAGAACACAGUGGACAAGAUGGAUAAAAAAAUACUAUUUUUUUCUUAUUCUUUGUACAUAUUUUUAUGUAAACUCAACAUUUAUGUUAUUACUUUCUAUGUUUACUUAAAAAUUGAACUCGUUUUAGUGGAAAAAAUAAAACGAUUUUUUUAAAAA